AUGCCGAAUGUUUUCAGAUAUAAAACCAAGAAGACACUUCAAGACAAAGGUCUCAACGCAUCGCUUCUCAAUUCGUCAGUGUCAAACUCCUCUGCAGCGUUCGCUCCAGCUCGUCGUAUACCCGUUCAAAUGCUUGUUCGCGACGGAAAACCUUGUCCACCGGAUUUUGUUGGUCACUACCAAACUCCAGCCGGGGCUCUUUCCGGGUCUUUUCCCACUCCAGGCGGUUACAUACCUCAGGGUGCCACUACAAUACCACAAAACUCACAGUAUUACAUGCCGAAUGGUUGGGCUUGGUAA